AUGGAGACGGCUCAAGUCACUGAAGUGCAACCGCAGCCUGUCGACGUCGUCGAGCCCGUGAUCAAUGACAAGCUCACCGAGAACGCGACUGAGGUGGUUGCCACCCAUCCAGACAACAACAACAACGACCACGCAGAAUCGAGCAAUCCCGCGGACAGUGUGAAGGCUGCUGAGCCCGAGUUGGUUCCGACCGAAGAGAACCGUCCCGCUGACAUUCCUGUCACCGCAAGAACCAACAACGGUGGCGAUACCACGCCUGCAGUAGUGCCUAAGCGCCCUGCUUCUUCUCCUCAUUUGAGUCAUGCAUCCGAAGGGGGCGCAGAAGUUGUGACUCCUGCCGGCACGGUCGAGGCACCUCUUUGCGCCAGUAAUCCUCCAAUUGAAGUUGUUGAGAAGGAAGCCGCCGUCCCUGCGGUCAUAGCAAGUGAGCCUGCACCUGUGGAUCCUAUUGUGGAGGCUGAUACGAAGGCCACCGAGCCGAGUGUGGAGGAAACCGUUGAGCAAAACCACGUGGAACACAAGACUGAGCCAGCGAUCGAGCGUGCAGUGGAGCAGCGCGAAGUCGUUACCCCAGUGGUAUCGGCCCCGGUAGUAAGCGAAGUUGCGUCGAUACCCGAACCAGCCACAACUGUCACCACCUCGACUGUAGAAUCUAUCCCAACCGAAGCACCGGCACCUUCUCCAGGAAAGAAAGCCAAGAAACAGAAUGAGUCCUUUGUCAGCGAGGAAGUGCUGGCGGAAGUGCAAAAGUUUCUCACGCAUCAGAUUACCGAGAACAAAUGCAGCUCGAACAGUCAAGAGAUUCACGAAUUUGUGGAGAAGCACCUCAAUGAAAAGCGGCGUAAGCGCUAUGUCGCUCCGCUGUUGGAACGGAUCGUGCAGCACUUUACGCAGGAGGCCACUGCAAAGGGUGAAGGGGUUUCAGUGGACGUGCAGUCGAAUAUCUGCCUCAUCGAGCAAAUGUUCCUCACUCUUGGAAGACGCUCGCCUCUGCAAGACAUGUACACAGCAGAAGAAGAGGAGAUGCUAGACCUGCUCUUCCACAGCAACAGCAGCGACAACCUCCCGAUCGGUAUUUAA